AUGGCGCCUUUCAAGGCUUUAUAUGGCAAAAAAUGUCGGUCUCCUAUUUGUUGGGCAAAAGUUGGAGAUGGGCCUUUACUUGAACCUGAAAUUGUGCAUGAAACAACAGAAAAGGUGAAGUUAAUUCAACAAAGAUUGAAAACCGCGCAAAGCCAUCAGAAAAGUUAUGCGGAUGUCCAAAGGCGAGACAGGGAAUAUGACGUGGAUGAUCAUGUUUUUAUUAAGGAUUAUCUUCAAGAUCAUUUUCAUGUUAUUAAGCCUAUCCAUGUGCUUUUGAGUGAUGAUUAUACUUAUGAGGAAAGGCCUAUUCAAAUUGUAAACAAGUGA